AUGGCAUAUCCAAAGCAAACAAGUGCCUUAGGAGGAAGCUUACAGAGGGGAAUGAUCCAGAAAUGCCAGUACAGAAUUUUCAUUCUGACAAUUCUUCCACAAAAGUAAUUGUAUCAGGAACAAUUCAAGAAUGUCAAAUAAAUAGCCUAGCAAACGUGAACACAGAAAAUUUGGCAGCAGACCUGGAUACAAGCAAGGCUUCAUUUGAGAGGAAAGAGCAAGAUAAUAUGAAGGCUUUUGUACCUCUGUCUCAGGGAGGAAAGUUGGUACCAAAGUUUCCGAAGCGAAGAAAAACAUUGGCUAAAGAACAUGAAGAAAAUUUUGGAGGAGCUAUAACAACUGGGACAGAAAAGGGUGAUUGUAUGGAUAGAAAUGUUACCAGCACAGCAGAAAAUUAUGUUGAGAACACUGUUGCUUCUUCAGAGACACCAGAAGCAGCUGAUUCAUUGGUGACAAAAGUGAAGGAUGCUGGAGAUCAAGUGAUCAUUCAUUGUGAAGAAUUAAGUAAAAGACAGGAUGUUAAAAUGCAAGAUGAGGACAAGAUUAGAAGGAUAAACAAUGGUGGUGCAAACUCAGGCUUAGCUGAUUCCUGUCAAGGAACGGGGACAGCAUCCAAUUUACAAGAAAGUAUCUGUGAAAAGGAAGUUUCAGGUAAUAAGGAUGUAGAUGGUCUGUCUCUGGAGCCAUUUAAAUGCCAAUUUGUUAAGGAGAUGAGCAUUAGUAUUUUGGCAGAGGACAGUGUCACUGACCAUAUUAAAAGUACCCCGCAUGAAGAGCUUCUUGAUACUUCAGACAUGAGUAUGGAUAAAAAUAAAGCUUUCCAUGAUAUAACAAAUUCAGAUGAUGUAACAGAAGCAAACUGGACCAAAAAUAGAAGUUGUAAAGAUGCAAGUCUUGUUGAGCGCAUGUUCAGCCAAACCCAAAAGGAGAACAACAGAACAUAUUUCCCACUGGAGACAGGUCUGUCAUUUCUCACACCUGGAGAACAGAGCAAACAUCUAAAUACUAGCAGUGUAUCUAGUGAUGGAGAUACUGAUGUCAAAAAAGCAGACCAGGGCCUUCCAUAUAGAAGGGGGGAAAGUGAAGAGCAAAGUGUCAUUUGCAGCAGUACUGAAAUGUCAGAACAUCAAGUCACUUUGUGCAGCUCUACAAUGAGUGAAAAGGGGACAGAAAAGCACAACCUGUGGUCAAUUGGCAAACCCGUAGAGCAAAAUGGUAUGAGUAAAACUGCAAGUCAAAGCAACCCUUGUAUGGAAGAGACCAUAGUUGCAGAGCAAAACAGUGUACAAGGCCAGAAUACUUCUAGGAAAGAUUUUCUAGAUAUUCAAUCUAUGAGUAUUUAUCUGGAAAAGCAAGCAGAUCUUUCUGAAUCAAAAUGUGAACAGGUUUUUGAAACAAAUGAUAUGUUCUUGCCACAGUCUAAUGGGGAUGUUCACCCUGAGAGCAGCACAAUCUCAGUGCAAGCAGUGAUUUGCAGCGAAGAGACGGGGAGAAAUAAAAAAGAAUCUGAAAUGAAAGCAAGGCCAGCAAAAAGCACCACUGCCUCACCCGAUCCAGAAGUUCCAGUUUUACAGACCCAAAAGAAAAAUGGCAGUGAAAGAUUGGUGUCUGAUACAAAACAGUCUGAAUUCAGCACAUGUGAUUUGGAACCACCUGAAAUUAGAGAAGUGCUGUCAGGUAUUUCCCAGCAAAAUUUGACUGAGACUGCCAAGGCAGAAACAAACCCAACAGAAAACUCUUCUGCUGACAUCUAUAUGGAGGGAAAAGAAGAAAUGGUAACCUGUGAGAACAACAAGAACAAACCUCCCCAUGAGGAAAAUUACCUCUCCUCAGUCAAGGUUCUUCCAGCAGGCGAUCCUGGUAGAGAAAUGAAUGCUGGUUCUGAAAUGCAGAAGUCUCUCCUUGUAUUAGGUACAAGUUGCAGCAGAAAUGCACCAAUCGGCCUUGAUACUAUGACCCAAACAUGCUCUCCUUGCACAGAUCCCCCUUCUCUGGAUAUGGAAAUUCUGUCUAACAGUCAACGACUGGGCAUCUUUGAAUUUCCACCACACAAGACAUCCUUUCUGGAUAAUCCACAUAGCCCUUCCGAGGAUAAAAGUGAUCAGUGUGCUGCAGGAGAACCAAGUGGAAACAAAACGCCAAUCCCAGCCAUUAAUCUGAUCUAUCCAAAUAGUGACAGGAAUGAGGUGACUGAGGGGAUUUGUGAUCCAUACAAACAAGAAGAUGCAACAGAUGUUGUUUGUGGAUUGAUUAAAGAGCUCUCUAAUCUCAACCGACUUAUCAUGAGCACACACAGAGACCUGGAUUCCUUCAAGAGACUGAAGUUCCGGAGAAACAGACAAUCUGGGAAGCUUGUGCCUCAUAGCGUGAGCAAUGUGACAAGCACACUUUGUACAGUCAAAAAGAAGAGAGAGAUUUAGCUAGUGAAUUCUAUUCCUGCUUUGAAAGUUUGCUUUGUUAUGGUUUUCUUUAGUAGCUGUUUUUAUUUAGCAGUGGGGUCAUUUAAGCUUACCUGCAUCAAAAUAGAUUGCUAGAUGCAGAAUAAAAUUAAUAAAAUGAGUAUAAUUAGUCAUCUUCACAUCCCAUUAACUACCACAGCAAUGUAAAGGACCCUUAUAAAUAAGAACUGGGUCCAAUGUCUUGGUGCACAAUCCAGCAAGUAAAGUUACCUGUAUAAGCUGCAAUCAAUAUCCCUUUCACCACCAUCUCUUAACAAACUCAUAACUUUCUGGGUGUGAACGCUUGUCCAAAAUUGUGAAGAGUUGUCCUAUGUUCAGGCAUGUAUCUAUAGUUCUUCUUCCAUUAAGCUAAAAUGUAUCCAAUGGAAUGCAAAAAGAAAAAACAAAACCUUAAAACUUAAAAGCCAGUUUUACUGUAUAGAUACCACAGUAUGAUACCGUUAUAGGGUUCUGGUGUAACCAUUUCAUUGCUUAUAAAUGAACUAGGUUAGUGGAAUGAAAAUGCUGUAUUUUGGUUAAAAACUACAAAGUUGAGUAACUUUAAACCUCACUUCAAGUGGAAGUGUUAUGUGUGUACUUAAGUUGUCCCACACUGAAACCAAUAGAGCUUAAAAUGCUAUGCACUUUCAUUCUUGCCUACUUUAUAGUGUCUGUGUGUUUUGCAUUCUACACAGGCAGAACAAUCCUAAAAUUGUGGAAGAUUCUGUGGUGGUGGAACUGCUGCUUCCCAAGCCCUGCUGCUCAUUCUAGCCAGCAUGGAAGUGGGGUGG